AAUUGCAAAUUCUAGAUUCAGUUAGUGGAUCCUGGGAAGCAGAGUGUCUGGAUGGAGCCUGAGCUGUGUCUCUGACUCAUUUCUGACUUUAGGGUAGAGAAGUUGGAGGGAAUCUGAUAAGACCAUCUAAUAAACCCAAAAUACACAAAAGAAUUUGUUCUCCAGUAAGCAACUGUAAAAUUACAAUAACAGAUACUGGGAAGUUCUAAAAUUCUAAUUUAGUUCUUUCAAUGGAGAACAUGGUGAAGAUAUUCAGUUUCAUCCUUGUUGCCACUGCUCUUGUGAUGGGCAGGGAAAGUUGGGCACUCGAAAACUGUGCCCAGGAGCAAGCGCGGCUCAGAGCCCAGGUGCGCCUGCUUGAGACGAGGGUCAAACAGCAGCAGGUCAAGAUUGCACGACUUUUGCAUGAGAAGGAAGUCCAGUUCCUUGAUAAAGGAGAGGAGAAUAGUGUCAUUGAUCUUGGAGGCAAGAGGCAAUAUGCAGAUUGUUCAGAGAUUUUCAAUGAUGGCUAUAAGCACAGUGGAUUUUACAAAAUCAAACCACUCCAGAGCCCAGCAGAAUUCCCCGUUUAUUGUGACAUGUCUGAUGGAGGAGGAUGGACUGUAAUUCAGAGACGGUCUGAUGGCAGUGAAAACUUUAACAGAGGUUGGAGUGACUAUGAAAAUGGCUUUGGAAAUUUUGUCCAAAAAAAUGGUGAAUAUUGGCUGGGUAAUAAAAAUCUUCACUUAUUGACCACACAAGAAGACUAUACUUUAAAAAUAGACCUUGAAGAUUUUGAAAAAAAUAACCGUUAUGCACAAUAUAAAAAUUUCAAAGUUGGAGAUGAAAAGAAUGCCUAUGUGUUGAAUGUUGGGGAAUAUUCUGGAACAGCAGGAGACUCCCUUGCAGGGAAUUUUCGUCCUGAAGUGCAGUGGUGGGCUAGUCACCAGAGAAUGAAAUUCAGCACGUGGGACAGAGAUCAUGACAACUAUGAAGGGAACUGCGCGGAAGAGGAACAGUCUGGCUGGUGGUUUAACAGAUGUCACUCUGCAAACCUGAAUGGUUUAUACUACAGUGGCCCCUACACGGCUAAAACAGACAAUGGGAUUGUUUGGUAUACCUGGCAUGGAUGGUGGUAUUCUUUGAAAUCUGUAACUAUGAAAAUUAGACCAAAUGAUUUUAUUCCAAAUGUUGUUUAAUUGUCCCUCUUGGACUAUCAUUUCUGCAAAUCAUCUUGGUUUAAAAUGAUUUGAAAAAUAGUAAUUCUGAACAUAUCCACAUGUGAGAAUGGCAAUUGUGUAUACUACUUUUCAUUAUUCUUACUUGCAUUCAUUAAUUAAUGUACUUUUAGUGCAGUAGAUAUGCAAUAUUCAUCAAAUAAGUGUAGAUUGUGUUAAUA